AUGUACCUCCAUUGUCUCACCGGGGAUCGUCCCAGGCAGUGGCUCCGGUGGCUUCCCUGGGCCGAGUAUAUCUACAACACCGCCUACCAGAAAGCGACCCAAGAAACUCUGUUCAAGCUUGUGUAUGGCCGUGACCCUCCCACUAUUCGCUCUUACGAGCCAGGCGAUACACGGGUGGCCGCAGUGGCCAGGAGCAUGGCGGAGCGCGACGAGUUACUCGCGGACCGCGCCGCGUGCUCUCUCAACCUGCCAACCAGGGGCAAGCUCAAGCCACGCUUCUAUGGGCCGUACCGCAUUUCAGAGGUCGUCAACGACGUGGCCUACCGCCUUGAACUUUCGGCACGCUCGCGCCUCCAUGACGUGUUCCACGUGGGCCUCCUCAAGAAGUUCUUCGGCACGCCUCCAACUGCACCACCGGGAUUGCCUCUGAUCCACAACGGGGCGGCUGUUCCAGAACCGGAGCGCGUGACUCAUGCACGACUAGCACGCGGCGUUCACCAGCUGCUCGUCCACUGGAAGGGUGAAGCAGCAUCAUCAGCUACAUGGGAGGAUCUUGACAGUUUCGUCGAGCGCUACCCCGCUUUUCAGCUCAAGGACGAGCUGCUCGUCGAGGGGGGGGGGGGAGAUGUCAUGUGGGGCACGGCCUACAGCUCCACCAGCAGCAGCAAGAGCACGAGGCUAGACGCGGCCGCGUUCCGCCACGUGCGCAACUUCCGGCCGCAGGCCGUGCCGGCAUGCCGGCCCGUCCGCGAGCUGCGCCUCCCGUCGCGGAACCUGACGGGCGCCGUGGCGUGGGCGGCGCUCGCGAACCUCUCCGCCCUCGCCGCGCUCGACCUCUCCGGCAACGCGCUCCAGGGCGCCAUCCCCGGCGGCUUCUGGCGCGCGCCGGCGCUCCGCGCCGUCGACGUGUCGCGGAACCAGCUCGGCGGCUCGCUGCGGGUCGAGCCCAACACGCGGCUGCUGUCCCUCAACGUGUCCGGCAACCGCUUCACCGUCGUCGCGGGCGUCGACGGCCUCCCGGGGCUCGACGCGCUCGACGUGUCCGCGAACAGGAUCCGCGCGGUGCCGCAGGGGCUGAGCCGGCUGACGCGAUUGCGCCGGCUCGACCUCUCCCGGAACGCGAUGCGCGGGAGGUUCCCCGGCGACCUGCCCCCGCUCGAUGGACUCCGCUUCUUGAACGUCUCGUACAACAACCUGUCCGGCGCGGUGAACGCCAGCGCGGUGAAGAGGUUCGGGCCCUCGGCGUUCGUCCACGCCGGCAAUGCUUCGUUGGUGUUCUCGAAGGACUCCCCUGCGCGGCCCAGGCGGCCUCCGCCGCCACCGCGAACAAAUGGAAAGAAGGAUCACGCGAGGACGGCAAAGAGCACGGCAACGAAAAGGAAAAGGAAGAAGCAUCUGGGCGUGGUCGCCGUGGCGAUCGUGUGCGGGGUGGCGUCCGUGAUCGUCCUGCUCUGCUUGGUCGGAUCCGUGGCGUGCGGGGUGGUGAGGUGCCGGAGCAGGAAGCACGGAGACAAGGAGGCGGAGGAGAAGAAGGUGCAGUGGGGCGAGAAGGAAGAAGACGAGGUGGUUGUGGCGGCGGCAGCAGGAAAGGGGGCAUCGGCCGCGCCGGUGGUGCUCUUCGAGCGGCCGCUCAUGGAGCUGACGCUGGCCGACCUCGCCGCGGCCACUUCCGGCUUCGGGCGCGAGUCCCAGCUCGCGGAGCGCGGUGGCCGCAGCGGCGCCGCGUACCGCGCCGUUCUGCCUGGGGACCUGCACGUCGUCGUGCGCGUCGUGGAGGGCGCCAUGGCCGGGGUCGGGGAGGACGACAACCCGGCCGCCGCGGCCGCGGCGUUCCGGGAACUCGCGCGGCUCCGGCACCCCAACAUCCUUCCGCUCAUCGGAUACUGCAUUGCAGGGAGGGAGAAGCUGCUGCUGUACGAGUACAUGGAGAAAGGCGACCUCCACCGGUGGCUGCACGAGCUGGAGCUGCCGGCGGGGCGGCCGGACUUGGACGACACCGGCGGCGACAUCUGGGAGGCGGCGGAGGACAGGCGGUCGAUAUCCGACUGGCCGACGCGGCACCGGAUCGCGCUGGGCGUCGCCCGGGGCCUGGCGUUCCUGCACCAGGGGUGGGCCGGGUCCGGCCGGGCCGUGGUGCACGGCCACCUGGUCCCGACCAACGUGCUCCUCAGCGACGACCUGGAGCCCCGGAUCUCCGACUUCGGGCACCUCAGCGGCGGCGACGGCGACGACAACGCGACGCCGGAAGCGGACGUGUACGGGUUCGGCGCGCUGGUGCUGGAGCUGAUGACGGGGCAGGCAAGGUGGGACGAGGCGUCGGUGAGCUGGGCGCGCGGGCUCGUCCGCGACGGCAAGGGGCUGGACAUCGUGGACCCGCGGGUGCACGGCGGCGAGGCGGCGGAGCGGGAGAUGGUGGAGUGCCUGCGCGUGGGGUACCUGUGCACGGCGCACUCGCCGGACAAGCGGCCGACGAUGCAGCAGGUGGUGGGCGUGCUCAAGGACAUCCGGCCUCGCCCGCUCGACGGCGGCGGCGACGCGUGAUCAUGCCAUGCACUGCCAGUGUGCCGCGUGUGAACUGCGUGCGUGGCUCUGCCAGCCACCAUCACAUGCCUCCGCUCGAGUGCACCAGCACCAUAGUACACGUCACAGCCUUUCCUUUUUCUACUGUAUGUAUGAUCGGCAGGCCUCGUACGAUGUGCAGUAGCGGUGGCGAUGGGGAACAUUUGAUUUCAAACCAUUUCUCACAUAAAUGCGUUCCCGCCAUUGAAUUGCAAAAGCUUGCACCGCAGGAGCAUGAACACCGUAAAUGCG